AGGAGUCUGGCACAAGCAGUCUAAAUGGUGCAGGGAUCUUGUCCAGCGCUUGUUGGCGGUGUAUUUAAAAUUUCAAUUUUCGGAAGGUAAACCCUGUUGUUGGUGCUGUAGUUUUGAGUUCACGCGACACAUUUAUUUUUACUCCACGAAGGUUCAGGUUUUGAUGACCAUACAGAUUGGCCAAGAUGAGUACAGGUGACAUGUUGAAUAACCUGCGAUGUCUACAAUCAUGUCUGAAAGCAAUUAACAUCAAUCCGUUAACAGAUAAAAACAAAAAGGAUUUGAAAAAAGGGGCUCCAAAAAUUUUCAUUUAUAUUCUGCGUUUUAGUUUGUUGGAAUUCUCCCAUCCUAUUGCUCAGUUAAUUGCAUCUCAACAAAUCCAGUUGUCUGUGACAAAUGAUGUUCGUUUUAUCGAUGGUGUUUAUAAGGUUCUUCGUGACAUUUUUAACUACAAACCUACAAUCUCAAAGGACAUGUUCCUCAGCACAGGAUUUGCGGAGCGUAAGAUUAUAAUGAUGCAGGACGUUAUUCGGAUGGCUCAAAAGAAGAAUCAAGAAUUGACUCGUAAAAAGAAAACAAAGGGAAAGAAACCUACUGGCGUGUCGAUGCCAAAGGCCCCUUCACUGCCAGGUGCUUAUGGAGUAGUUUCACCAAUUAUGUCGGAUCAUGAUGGUUAUGAGGCAAGUUUGUCGCAGUCUGGUGCAUUAACAGCUGUACCUAUGCCUAAGUUUGAGCACCAGGAAGACAGUACGGAGAGUAUGUCUGUCCUACCAACCCCUGACGAUGAAGGCAACCUUUCUGCUUUAACAACUGAUGCUAAGCCUAGGCAACCUCAUGUUAUGGAUGGUAGACCACCACUCCCUACUGGUAUCAAUGAUGUCAAACCGCCUCCUAUUCCAGUAUGUGGUUCACACCUAUACGGUGCACCCUCCCCAGGUGGUGACCCAGUCAUGAUUAUUGAAUUAAGUGAGCAAAGAAAUCACGGCGGACUAGUCACUCGUCAUGUACCAUAUCCGUCCAAUCCGCAAACGCCAUGCAUGUCACAUGACCAAGGUUAUAAAUCAGCAGAAGUAAGCCCAACAUCUGAAUUAGUAGAGAUUACACAUUUCAAGGACAAUGUGAAUGCCUGCAUGAAGGUAAUUGGUAAACUGGACUCAAGGCUUAAUGAUGUAAUCAACAGAGUAGAGAGUUUAGAGCAAAGACUGGAAAAAUAUCAGGGCGCUGUUGCAAAUAGAGAUGAUGAACGAAAAAAUGCAGCCAUGCAGGAGAAGUUAGGCUCCAUGGAGAAGGAACUGAAGACGGUAAUGGAUCGACUUGUGCUGAUGGAGAACCAAGUUGUUAUAUUGAACACUCUGGGCAAUUAUCCUGGCCAAAUGACCCCAAGUACAAUAGGUUCAUCAGUGGGGCGAAGUGGUUAUUGUACCCUGGAAAGUAUUAGCCAAGGCAAACAGGCACAAACCGGUUCAGAGAUUUCGCACGACCAGAGGCAUACUUGCAUCCUAUCUCCCUCGUCAUUAACUUCAGGCUCCCCUGCUACGAGUGCAUUUUCCUCACCAGAACCAGAAAUUGGAAGCCCAUUUUCAGACUCCUCUCCGCUGAGUUGCAAAGCCACCAUAAAAGUUCACAGUAAUGCGGGAAAAAUGGAUAAAGCUCUGCAGACUCAGAUUGAUAGAGUGAGUGACAUAAUGAAGGUAACGGAGUCCAUGCUGCAGUCAAAACUGCCUUCGUACACACAAGGAGAUUGAGUCACUGUAUGCUUCAACAAUCUCGACAUAAAUCGAUGUGUGUGAUCCUGUUUACUUGUUAUUGCUGUUAAUCCAAAAAAAUACAAGUUUUGAUUUGCUAUAUUUGUUAUUCACAGAAGAAUUAUUAUAUUUAUAUAUAUUUAUUGUAGCUUAAUUUAAUUACUAUAAGAGUAAAUGUGUUUUCGGUGGAUGGGGCGCCCUCUCUGGAAUGAAUGCAACUACAAUGUGCUGACUAUGUAUACGGUUCAGGUAGCAGAGGCUGAUUAAUUCUGUAUCCAAUAAACAGCAAAAUGAUAUUUUCUUAUCCAAAAAUGUACUAAAUUACAGAUAAAAUAAAUAAAAUUAAAAUAAAACUAAAUAAAAAGUAAGUGUUAUAGAUAAAGUAAGUAAUUUAUUUUUAUAUUAUUUUGUAACCUAGUUUUGUAUUAUCAAAUGUAUGCUUUAAGAUAAAUAAUUCAAGUCAGUGUAUUCCUUCAGUGUUAGAAUGAUAAUAUACUGUAUAAUCAAAUCUGGGUGAGCUAGGGCCACAGAAUGUAGGCCUUCCUUUUCUUUAGAACUAAAAUUCAGUAAUUGUACAGAUGUAUAAUUUUUAAAUAAUUCCACUCUCAUCUAUCACUAAAAUGUUGAACAUGCAAGUUCAAUCCAUUUUCUUUCAUUGUAAAUUCAUAUUCAUUCAUUUCAAAUCCCUAUUAUUUCGGAAAAGAAGUUUUCAGUAGCCUAUCAAUCCAUCAACAUUCACAAAACGUAUUUUGCUAUUAGUUCAUUAAAAGAAUUAUUAUUUAUGAACGCAAAUUAUAUAUAAUUACUGUAACGUUUGAUAAUCUUUUUGAAUUGAAAUGUCAGACUUGAAGAAAAAUCUGUCCCCUGAGAUUUGGUCAAUAAUAAAUGAUGGAGACUUGAAUAAUUGUCAGAAGCUAAGUCAAUUUGUAUGAAGACAUUCAUUAUCAUUAGCCUCCCUAAAGGUGUGUAGCUUCAGGGUGGCUAUUGAUGUUGGCCUUAUGUUUUCGUCAUCUUGUUGGUAGCUGUGAUUGUACUGUAAAGCACAGAUUAUGAACCUGCAGAAGGUCCGACUGUAGACACGCCCCUUCCUAUAGACGCGCAGCACACGUUCGGUAAGAACGCCUUUUACAUUCUUUUGAGGGACACGCCCAUUCGUAGCAUUACUUUUUGAGAUAGGAUUGCGUUCCAACAAGACCCCCGACAGUCGGACUCAAUGCAUGCAGCGCCCGAUCGUCGGCCGACACGAUUCUACAACGCGCGCACUACAGACCGACAAUCGGCAAAGUGUGUCGCGUCGCGUGCCUAUUUAAGUUCUUUGCCUAACCUUCACAUAAAGCGGAAUUGGAUUCAUCGUAUGAUGCAGUGAGAGUGGUGGCUUUAUAUAAAUAAUUGUUAUUGAACAAUCAAUUUGGUUUCAAUCUGUAGAAUGUAAGAUGAUAAUUAUUGUUUGUUUUUGUACAUGUGAAAAUAUUAACAACAAAAAUAACGUCUUAAAAUUGUGUUAGUAUUGUGAUAAUAUGCUUUUGAUGAUUUAACUUAAAAUUAGUUUAACGACCGUAAUUAUUCAAAAGGCCAAAAUUAAAAUAGCAUAUGACAUUACACAAGGCUGCACAAAUAAUAAAGAAUAUGAACCUUCGAAAACUC